UAGUUUGUUUACGGGUGACAUAUAUAAAUAUAGACAACCCUUAAAUGCGACUGCGCCACUGUAAAUCAUCAUCAUCAUCAUUCUUAAGCUGCAUCAUCUCGGAUUCCUAGAAGUAAAUAAAUGAGUGAAAAACCCCCAAAAGAAAUGCAAACAAAACAGGGCGAUAAGACAGCAAAAAUGUCUUGAGAUUACAAGACCUGAUAGUGGUCCACUCAAUUGGUUUGGCGACAAACGAGAGCAUCUAUCAGCAGCGGCAGAGAUAGAGAUUCAUCCCGAGUCCAAUUGAAUUGAAAUACGAUCUGGGUGUGGGUCAGUCGAGCCUGGAAGUCGGACGGGAUCACAACGAAAAAUUAAAAGCGCGAGAAAAACAAUUGACUUGCUUUGCUAUCAGCAUCGGUGUAUUAAAAGAAAUAUUUUAAUUCAAAUAUUUAUAAAGCGGAAACGUAAAAUGGCCAAAUGGCUUCUUGGCCUUUGGCUGGCGAUCCUGCUAGUGGAUCGACCCGGGGCAAAAGCUUAUCGAUCAGGCAAUGGCUACCGGAGCGAGCAAUCGGAACAAGUGGGCUUAUCAGCAGCAAGUUACGGAGGCGACCAACAGCAGCCUGUUUACCAGCGGGAUUCGGCGUGCCCGCCGCAUUUUACGGGUCUGGUUGCAUAUCCCCACGACUGUCAUCGCUAUGUGAACUGCUUCGAUGGAAGCCCCACCAUUCAGACGUGUUCGCCCGGAACUCUGUUCAAUGACAGGAGCCUGGUGUGCGACCAUCCCAGCAAUGUGGUUUGCUCUUCAGCGCAAUCCUCAUCUACUCGACUGGGCAGACUGAGGCAGUUAGAUGGUGAGCCCAAGUGUCCACCCGGCGUGAAUGGAUUGCAACCGCAUCCAACGGAUUGCAGCAAGUUCCUUAACUGCGCCAAUGGUCAGGCUUUUAUUAUGGACUGCGCACCAGGAACUGCCUUUAGUCCCGCAUCGCUGGUAUGUGUGCACAAGGAUUUGGCCAAGUGCGCAACUGGAACUGGAACCGGAGCUGGAACUGGAGCAGGAGGAGCUGAAACCUUUGGCCCCGGCUACUCUGCGGUGCCUUUGGCGGACUUGGGCUGUCCACCCGGUACACGUGGGCUUCGUCCACAUCCUCACGACGUGCACAAGUAUUUGAGGUGCGGAAUUGGUGUUAAUCCUCAGGUGGAACAGUGUCCCCCGGGACACAUCUUCGAUGGCUUCUCUUCGGUAUGUGUGUAUUCUGACUCCCCUCGGACCUCCUGUAAGUCGUCUGCGGAGAUUCAGGUUAACUAUCUCAUGUGUCCAGUGGGAGCCGUUGGCCAGUUUGUUCACCCCUUCGAUCGGACAAAGUUCCUUAGUUGUAAGGAUGGUAAGGUGGCUGUGCAGAACUGCCUUCCCAAUUAUGUGUUCAGUAUUUCGAAGCGCUACUGCCAGUCAAAACAUCAAUUAGCCUUCACCGACUAUGUCACAUUAAUUAUCUCCGAAAUCAGCUACGAGUAUUCACUUAUCCUUAAUGCCUGUCCUAAUAACAUCAACGGCAUCUACUUGUAUCCCUACGAUGCUGAGAAGUACGUUCAGUGCUCCUCCGAUGGUAGGAUGUCCAUCCUAAGUUGUGGCCCCCAGAUGGCGUUCAGUGUAUCCCAAAGAAGUUGUCUGCCACGUCUUCAAGUGCUUAGCUCUGAUCGGGUGCAGUUCUGGGAGGAAGUCCAAGUUCAGACUACUUAUACUUUCCAAGAGAGUAGGGGAAAUGUCCAAAGCGAGCUGUCUUCACUCAGGUCGUGCCCACCGAAUGUCCAGAAGAAUUACCCCUAUCCAUUCCAUGCUGGUCACUAUGUCAGGUGCCAAUAUGGAGCUUUAGAGAUCAUAUGCUGUCCCACGGGACAGCUUUUCAGCCUUUCACAGCGGCAAUGUGUAGCUCGUCGCCUCCUCGCUGCCCAUGAUUAUUUGGAUUACUCCUAUAUCAGUUCCGAGCUUUCGACUGAAUUUAUGGUGGAUCGUUCGACGCUUACUUGUCCUCCACAAGCCCAGGGACUCUACCUGCAUCCCUUUGACUGCACCAAGUAUGUCAGGUGCUGGAAUCAGCAGACCUUUAUUGAGAGCUGUACGCCGGGAGAGAUUUUUAGUUUCUCCAAUCAGAAAUGCGUACCAAAGGAACAGUGUAAAGGACCCACCGAUCAUGUCGAAUAUUUAAUUGAAUCCACGACUGUUACCACUUACGAAACGGAUGGCCCGGAGUCCGAAAAGAAUUUCGAUAGAACCGGUGACAUAUCCUGUCCACCUGGAGCUUCCGGAAAUCAUGUGCACCCAUUCGAUUGCACGAAGUUCUUGGAAUGUGCAAAUGGGCAAACUUUUGUAAUGGAUUGUGGUCCGGGCACAGCUUUCAGUAGCGAGAAAAAAAUUUGCGAUUAUGCCAAUCAGGUGGACUGCAGUGGAAGAAGUUCAUUGCCUGGACAAAACCAAUUUAGCCAGCAUGAUACAGGUACUAGUUACCCAUCGAAGCCAUUGGAUACUUUCCCACCAUCCCACACAUCGCACCCUUCAUACCCACUUCCUGAGCACCUGGAAGAUCUAUUGUGUCCCUCCGGAGUGAGCGGUCAAUUUGUUCACCCCUUCGACCAAACAAAGUUCCUCCUCUGCCAGGCUGGUAAACUGGCGGUUCAAGGCUGUCAGUCUGGAUAUGUGUUUAGCAUAUCUAAGAGUACUUGCCAGCCUAAGACCCAGUUGGUUUACAGCGACUAUGUGACCUAUAAGGUCUCUGUUAUCAGCAUCGACCAGACUAUGAUCCUGUCUGCCUGUCCGGGUGGCACCGACGGCCUACACCCUUAUCCCUACGACGCUGGCAAAUAUGUACGUUGCUCCGAGGGCGGCAAGAUGACCAUUCAAAGUUGUGAAAGCCAAAUGGCCUUCAGCUUUUCCCAGCGAGCAUGCCGGCCAAGUCGUCUGGUGUCAGGUGAAGAUCGCGUAAGGUUCUGGGCGGAAUUGCAGAUCCAGACAACUGAUAUUCAGAUUCAUCAGUCUCCACUUAAGGAGUGCCCUUCCGCGCUUCCUGGAAACUAUCCCUAUCCCUUCCAUGCCGGUCACUUUGUGAACUGCCAAAAUGGACAUUUACAGAUUCUGAGUUGUCCGCCAACAGCUCUAUACAGUUUAUCCCAACGCCAGUGUGUAGGUCGACAUCUCCUUUCUCCCCACGACUAUCUGGACUAUGCCUACAUCAGUGUGCAAUUCUCGACUGUCCUUAUUCAGGACCUCACAACGUUGUCUUGUCCGCCGCAAGCCCAGGGCUAUUACCUACAUCCUUUCGAUUGCACCAAACACAUAGUGUGCUAUGGUGGGCAAACACAUGUAGAAAGCUGUAGGCAGGGUGAAGCAUUUAGCAUAUCCCAGCAAAAGUGUGUGGCCAGGGAUAAGAUCACCGAAGCCUAUGAUCGCGUGGAGUAUUUGGAAGAUACGCAGCAUGAGUUAAGCCACGAGGAGGAUGAAGAAGCGGACCAUUCAGGACAGGAUAGUAGCCUCAUUCUUGACGGAGGCAAUCAGCCGCCUGGAAAGUUUCAGACACCUUAUAAUUCAAGUGGUGGAUACCAGACGCCUCAUCAAAACACUGGAGGUUACCAGCCGCCUUCUCAAAACAUUGGAGGUUACCAGCCGACUUCUCAAGUCAAUGGAGGUUACCAGACACCUUACCAAAAUAAUGGAGGUUACCAAGAACCCUACCAAGCUAAUGGAGGUCACCAGCCAUUCCAAGCAAACGGAGGAUACCAGCCACCCUUACUAGCCUAUGGAGGUUACCAACAACCUGCUCAAUCAUAUGCAGGUGUCCAGCAGCCUAAUCGAACAUAUCAAGAUUACCACAACCCUUCGCAAACUAUUGGAGGUUUACAGCCACCCUAUUCAGUUAAAGGAGGCUACCAGCCUUACAAUCAACCUAAUGGAGGUUACAAUCAACCCAAUCAAUCAACACCUUUUCAAACAACUGGAGGUUACCAGCCACCUUCUGAAUUGAACAGAGGAUACCAGUCAUCCUACGCACCAAAUGGAGGUUACCAGCCACCUUCGGAAACCAACAAAGGGUACCAGAUUCCUGCUCAGUUAAAUGGAGGGUAUCAACCACGCGUGGAAGGCAAUCGAGGCUACCAGCCACCUUCUCAGUCAAACGGGGGUUAUCAGCCACCUGUAGAAAGAGAUUGGGGUUACCAGCCACCAUCUCAAGAAAAUAGUGGAUACCAGCCACCACACCAACCAACUGGGUCAGGCCCUUAUCCUGCGCAAGCUUCGCCUUAUGCUAUUCCAGCUCCUCUGAUGUGCCCAGAAGAGGUUAGCGGUCUCUUUCCCAAUCCUUUCGACGCUUCAGGCUAUCUGACCUGCAUCGAUGGUCAUACGUUACCUAGGCAAUGCCAGCCCCUCGAUAUGUUCAGUGUUUCCCAAGGCUACUGCUUGCCCGAACAGCACGUACCCAAAACGGAUCGCGUCCCCUUUGAAAGAACGCAAACUUAUCAGGAUAAUUCUUUGGAUUGUCCUAGAGAUUUCGUUGGUUUCUUCGUGUAUCCCUUCGAUUGUUCAAAGUAUCUGAGCUGUGGCCCGAGUGGAAUGCAAUUGCUGAAUUGCCCGGGUGAACAGCACUACAGUAUCUCUCAUGGAUUCUGUAGACCCGUUGACCAGGUGCAACGUGAGGAUCGGCUGUACACGAUCAAUGAGCUGCACAUCAUCUUCGAGUGGACACAGAAAAUGAUGAUAGAGGGUGCAGUCACUGCCUGUCCCGAAGGAAUAACCGGAACCCUGCCACAUCCAAGGUUUCCCACCAAGUACCUGCGAUGUGGACCAGGCCAGGCGGAGAUGUACGACUGUCCCAGCCAGCAGAUAUUCAGCGUUUCUCGUAGAGUGUGCGUGCUGGAUGACAAACUGCCCAGCCACGAUCGCACCGACUAUUUCGUUCGGGGGGUUAAUUCCGGUUGGAUGGCUCCCUCUAAUGGCAAUCCAAUCCAAUCCAAGUCAUAUGAGACAUCUGGCAGGGAUCAGUUCGGCAACCGCUAUACAACCAGAACUACCACCACAACGCGUGUGAUCGGCGACCGUUGGACGGAUAUGGACAUGCAGCGACCUUCGGGUGUGGGUCUGGAACAAAACCCGCAUCACCAUCACCACGGAUACAAUCCGAGUUGGUCUGGCCAGGAGACUUCCUACGUUCAACGCGGCCCUUCACAGAGUACUCUAUAUGUGGAGGGAUCGCUGCAGCCGAACCGUAAUUAUCCUACAUAUAAGACUCCACUGGCCCCCAUGGCGCCCACCAAUACAGGAAGUGUCUACUACGCCCAACCAGUUGAAGAAAAAGAACAGGUGCCGUCGCGCCAGAACUAUAGUCGCAGAAUUGAUUAUGGUUCGCCUGGCAAUGGAUGGAAACCUAUACCACCAGGGCCUGAAUUGGGUGGACAGCAACCAUUAAACCUAGAUUAUUCCCCCCAUUCUCCUGGUGCCAAGGAGCCCCAAUCCCAAGACAGUCUGCCCGGACAGAAACCCAUUGACUUGGACUAUGACGAGGAACUGACACCCCAAUAUCCUCACAACGGACUACAGCCCAAGCCGGGUUCGCCACCGCGCUUUUAUCCAGAUCAGUUGCCCAGUGGCUCACAACCAGUUGGCAUACAGCAACCAGUUGAGUCCAGCCUCGACUCCAGUGGUUUUCCAGACCAGCAACCACCUUUGCAUCCUGACAAUAGGCUCCACGGCUCAAAUGCUCCCCACCGACAUAGCCCUAACCCUGGACUUCCUUUGUAUAAUGAAUCCAACCUUUAUGGUGGACUCCUACCUCCUAAGCCAGAUCCCCCGGUUAACACAAAACCUUCUCCACCUCCCAGCCCUUCAGCUGCCCAGACUCCAACACCGCAAUUGGCCAACCGACUGCACACAUUUCCCAUUUAUCCACCAGUGGAUAAUAAGAACACUCUCCACAAUCCCAUACAACCUCACUACAGUCCCUCUUAUGCUGGAAUUGCGCACUCUCGAAACGCCUCUUGGGCCAAAGUGCCUGUGACUAGUACGACUCCGGCCCAAGAGCCCGAUCCCUUUAAUCCUGAAUUGGAUGAACCCUUCUACGACGACGACGACUUCACAACCACAACGGUGAGAAAUGUAUUGGUGCCACCUCCUUUCGACCAUAAGUUCUAUAGUACCCAGUCGACAGUGCCAAGUUUCAAUCAAGAUCGAACUGCCUCAGAUUCCAACUCCCAAGUGGCUAUUAAAGAGGCUCUUAAACUUAUGCUGCGCCCAUAUUUCAAUCACAGUGGGAAUGCCCAAGAGCAACUGGCUCAGCAGGCUGAAUCAGCCAUAGUUUCUGUGAUUAGUAAGCCGGCAAGCACCACACCAAGUCCCACCAUUAGAACCUCCACAACACGUAGAACAGACCCUGACUUUGACGCCGAACUUAUUAAGGCGGGUGAACAGGAAAGCCUGGAUUCCGUUGACGACGACUAUGUUUUUCCAGAUGCCAGGGAGACGUCCCGAACCGAGCAGACCCUAGAUCCCAGUACCACGUACGCCUCGACAGACUUUCAACGGAGCACCCGCAGGGCUGAGUUAGAUCCGGACCCCUUCCCCCCAACCACAACUACAAUGAAAAGUAAUUGGCUUGCGUCCGGUCACAGUCGUGACUACCACCGGCGUCAUCCAAAUUUGCCCGAUCCGUUCUCCGAGCACCAUCCCAAUUCCUCUCCCCACCAACACAACCAACACCACCACCGUCAUCCCCAUGAACACAGUGCUGACUUCCAUCUUCGUCAUCCGGAGCUGCCCAAUCCAUUUCCCCAAAAGGAUGAAACUCCGCAACAACAGGAUCCGAAAGAAGACUGGGACCUGCUGUCCAAUCCCAAUGCUGAGGAAGUGACUCCCAAACUGGCUACCCGUUCCAGCUUCGCUAGCCAAUGCGAUUUCGAUUGCGGCAAUGGCCAAUGCCUGAAGCAGGAGGAGAUCUGCGAUGGGAAGAAGAACUGCCCCAAUGGCAAAGAUGAGGCUAGCUGCCCGCCACCGGACUACGAGGUGCGCUUAUCAGGCGGCGAGAGUCCAAACAUGGGCCGUAUUGAAGUCAAAGCUAAUGGUCAAUGGGGCUAUGUGUGUGAUGACAAGUUCGGCUUGAAGGAUGCAGAUGUCGUUUGCCGAGAACUUGGCUUUCAGAUGGGCGCCCAAGAAGUGCGUGGCAGCUCCUUUUAUGCUCCCCCAAAUCAGGAUUUUAACUACUUGAUGGAUGAGGUCGAGUGCCAUGGCAAUGAAACCAAACUGAGCCAGUGCGCCUUCAAAGGCUGGGGCUUUCACAACUGCGGCGUUGAUGAAGUGGCGGGCGUGACCUGCAAAGUUCCGGUGAUGAAGUGUCCAAACAACUACUGGCUGUGCCACACUUCCAAGGAAUGUAUUCCACCGGCCUUUGUGUGCGACAAUACCCCAGACUGUGCGGAUAAGUCGGAUGAGUGUGCAGCCGUCUGUCAGGCGCCCGUUCAAUAUCGUUUAGAGGGAGGUCGCAAUUCAAACGAAGGCCGCCUGGAGGUGAAACACCAUGGUGUGUGGGGCAGUGUUUGUGAUGAUGACUUCAAUCUUAAGUCCGCCCAAGUUGCCUGCAACUCAAUGGGCUUCUUUGGACCAGCGAGAAUCGAGAAGAACAUAUUUGGCAACGGCAAUGGACCCAUUUGGCUGGAUCAGGUGAUGUGCUUUGGAAACGAGUCGAGCAUUGACCAGUGUAACCACUGGAACUGGGGCGAGCACAACUGCAACCACACCGAGGAUGUGGCGCUGCACUGCAGCGCUGGGCCACCGCCUCGCAGCCAGAAAUAUUCCCAGACUCAACUUAAAGGUGGUAGAUCGCUUGGACUGGAAACCUCGCCAAAAACCUAUUCACAAAUUGGACUGUGGGAACGAUCCAGCAAGGCCGUGCAUACUCCUCGUCGCUGCGGCAUCUUCAAGGUGGACCUGGAAGAUGAGUACGCCCACCGAGAGGAGCGCGUGGUCAGGGGAAAUGUGGCACAGAGGGGUCGUCAUCCCUGGCAAGCAACCAUAAGGACCCGCGGACGUGGGGGCAUCUCCAGUCAUUGGUGCGGAGCUGUGGUGAUUUCCAAGCGCCAUCUCCUCACCGCCGCCCACUGUCUGUAUGGCAGUCCAAAAGGAGCGUACUUCAUCCGUGUCGGAGAUCACUACGCCAACAUUGCCGAGUCCUCCGAAGUGGAUUCGUUCAUUGAGAACUGGUAUCUACACGAGGACUUCCGCAAGGGCACACAUAUGAAUAACGAUAUUGCGCUGGUGGUGUUGAAGACUCCGCUGAAGUUCAGUGACUAUGUCCAGCCCAUUUGCUUGCCGGAGAAGAAUGCUGAGCUCGUCCAGGACCGCAAGUGCACCAUAUCCGGAUGGGGAUCUAUUAAGUCGGGAGUGUCCACUCCUGCGCAAGUUUUGGGAUCUGCCGAGCUUCCCAUUUUGGGCGAUAACGUGUGCAAGCAAUCUAAUGUGUAUGGAUCAGCAAUGUCGGAAGGCAUGUUCUGUGCUGGCUCCAUGGAUGAGAGUGUGGAUGCCUGUGAAGGUGACUCAGGCGGUCCUCUUGUCUGCUCCGAUGACGAUGGUGAGACUUUGUAUGGCCUUAUUUCGUGGGGUCAGCACUGCGGCUUCAAGAACAGGCCGGGUGUCUAUGUCCGUGUCAACCACUACAUCGACUGGAUCUACGAGAAGAUCAAUGAGAGCUUGCUGCGCUUUUAAGGCAGCAUAAAUAUCCACCUUGUUACAUGACUACUAUUUUAUAAGAAUUUUGUAGUGAACUUGCAAAUAAAGCAGACUUUUUUAGAACCAGCAACUAA